UACCACAACCUAUCAACCUGAUCGCACAUGGUAGUUUGUCUCUUAUUAAUAAAUGUUGCAAACCACCGUGUCUGUUGUCAUCCCAAACUCUAGCAAUCUCACCUUUCUUAUUACUGCUUGAUAAUAAGCAUCAUAAUUGUAAGUGUAUAAUAUUAUUAUGACUAUUUCUUUUAGGUAUAUAUACACAAUGACUUCAUUUAAACUAAUGCCAGAUCCACUGGACUUAAGAGAAGUCACAUUCACAAACCUUCUUUUACUUGGUUUUAACCCUGAAGCAAAUGAAGCACAAUACAGGAUUCCAUUUACAAGAGAUAUGUUCUCUGUUCCAAACAGAAAAGCCAUGGAAGUUGUGCUACAUUUUUUGUUUACGAAACUGAACAAUGAUUCUGCAAAGGAGACAUUCAGAAACUGCUGGCCAAUAAUGGACAAAAAGAAAGAACAGGAGUUUCGAAAACUCACAAUGGAGUGGCUGACGAAAAUUAAAAAGGACGAUCCUGAUUGCCACCUUACAUCUUUGGUGCCAUCUUUACUGCUUUCACCUAUGGGUGAUAAAUUUUAUCAAUUUUUAUUUUAUUUUUCCACCUACAUUCUCAAACAAAAGAUGCAUGUUUUACCUAGUAAAUAUAGUUCUAUUCCACCAUGGCCUGUGAUCUCAAGCGCUCAUAAAAAGUAUUUACCACAGGUUAACAGAGCAUUAAUUGUGUCAACCAUCAACCAACAAAGCAGGUUAAUAAAUCAUUUAGAAGAAACUGCUUUUGUCAAGGAAACUUGGAUGGAAUUUUCUAAGGAAUUAUCGCAAGAACACCGUAAGUUAAAUAAAAAGAAAAGAGACAGUGAGAAAAAAUUAAAAGAAAUGAAAGAUACCAUGCAACAGCUAUUUGGAAAAAGCACGUUGUCCUCAAAAGAAACUGUUAGAAGGACACAGAAAAUGCAAAAGGUGACAGAAUUUUGGAAAACAAUAUCAACUUUAUACGAGUCUCAAAAAGUUCUUCAAGAAGAAAUCCAACAUCUGGUGAAUGGUACAUUUGUCAAGAAAUCUUUAGAUGGAGAACAAAUCAACUUUAAGAUCCCAGAUAUUCUUGUACGAGAAUGUGAGCAAGAAUUAUACAAAGGUCGGAAAUAUCAUAAUGUAUACGAAGGAGGCAAGAUAAAUUUAACAAGUCUUAUACAGUUAUGGAAUCUUUCUCUACAUUUAAUUAAAGAAAUGCUACACCAAUAUCCAUUACCAGAUUUAGAACAUGAUGAAGCUUACCUACGUGCAGAAUCACAUAAUCAUGCUAAUAGCCUGAACAACCUAACUUCAAUGAGAACAUCCGUAUCCAAACAAAUGUUGCCUGAUAUAAAUUUAUCUAUUGAUGAAUUAAAGGAGACUAUACUAGAGAAAACAUCAACAAAAACGCCAAAUAUGAACAAAUUUGGCCUUGAUCUACUACCAGCCACCCCACCUGUAUUCUUUGAUGUGGAAGAAAAAAUACCAAAGCAUGGAACUCCAGGACAAAUUCAUAAAUCUAACAAUUAUGUUCCAACACCAGAUGCUGUCAAUACAUUACUUGAUGCAAUAAAAAAAGAUUCCCAAUUUAACGAGGAUGGAACACCAGUAAGACGUUUACCAACUAGCAAGAAAGUCGCAAGUUCAGUUAAAAAGACUGAAAAAUCCACAACUAAUCCUGGAAAGAAAAUUCAACAGAUUAGAUCUAAGCAUCGCACUCAUCAAUCUCGAAUACCUUUAUCUAAAAGUAAACAAGACAGCUUAUCAACUAAAACGUUGUUUGAAACUAAAAGGAAAGAUAAAAUAAAAGAAUUGCACCAGGAGAUAAAUACCACUCGUGCUAAUUCGAAAAAGAAAACAGACAUUCAAGAAUGGUGUGACAAUAACAAUGAAACUAAACAUGAUUUAGUUAAAGCACAGGAGUUAUUAAUAGAUCAGAUCACUCGAUCAGUUUUAAACACUGGUAAUACUCCCUCUAGAAGUAGCACAGAUGAGGAAGACAACAAGAUAUCUAGCCGUCACAACAGAAACACUAACAGAGAGGAUGUUUUACAGACUUCUUUUCAUGAUGAUAUUCAUGCGUUGGAUAAUCCUUUGGAAGCAUUCAGUUCUGAAGCAUUUACUUCUCGUGAUAAAGUUCCGCGUACGCCAUUGAAAAGAGAAGUCUUAGACAGUUCAACGAAUGACGAAGGGGAUAUUUACAUACCUGAAGGAGAAAUUCUCCCUAUAAUUGAAGACACUGAGCUAAUAUCGAAGUCAAAAGCAUCGCAGAAAGAACAAGAUGAUAUUGGAAAUUUAAAAGAACGACUGACUCGUCUUAACAUUGGAGUUGAUAAAAAUACAAAUGCUUCAGAAGAAAAAACGUUUGAUCUCAGUGCACUACAAGAGAAAAUAAAUACCAUCAAAUUAAGAGGUCUUCACAAUGAAUACACCAGUGAUUUUACGACUCCAAAGCAAAAUAAUUCAAGGAAAAAUAUAACUACACCCCUUGACAAAAUAGUGAGUCCGUUACACGAACCAUCAACAUCGCUUACCGCUACUGAAGUUACGACACCGUUGUCUACUGCUGCUAUAUUAAAUUUCGUGACACCUUUACAUGACUUAAGUGUGUGUAAUUCUUAUAAUGAUACAACGGACAAAUUUGAAGGGAGUCAAAACUCGAUAGCUACUCCUGUUAGUCAAUCUCCAGAAGAAUACGUCAACAGUUUUUCACCUGAUGGAGAUAAAACACCUGUACCAACAGAGAACAACAAUCAAUCAACUCAGGAGUUGUUGCAUUUUACGCCAGCUCAAACCAAUGAAAGGGCUGAUCGAACACAAAAAGUAGACUUAUUUUUAGAAAAUAACCCUCAUUUGUUAGACCGGACACCGAAAAUGUCAGACUCCAUACAAAGUACUCAGUAUGAUAGUUCCUCUUAUCAUAGUAGAAACUUGUUGGAUACCACACCAGUGUGUUCGUUAAAAGAAACUUUUCACAGUCCAUUACCAUCGCUUAGUAUUGAUGACGAUGUAAAUGAAAUAUUACGGACACCAAUACACAUUCCGAAGGACAAACUCAUCAAUUUUAUAACUCCUUUUAAAGACCCUUUUACACCGAGUGAAAAUAGCGAUACAUCAAGGCGUAGCGUAGCUAAUGUCGUGUCACCCAACAAGUUUAAUGUCACCGCUGAAGAAGUAGAUGAUUUCAUUCAUGAAGUUAUGGCUAAAACUCCAGUAUUUUCCACCGCGUCGAAUGAUUUCAUGAAAACGCCAAAAAUGUUUCGCAGCAACACACCGUUGUUUUCAAACGACUAUUCUUUAAUGACGCCUGGAAAGGGACUGUCAAAUAAACUUUUGGAUGAUAAUGACGACGACGAUGAGUUUUGAAGUCUAAUUUAUCAGAAUUAUGUGACGACAUCCUAGUCAAUGAAAAUUUUGAAGUUAUUAUUUAUGUAUUAAUAAUUCCUGAAUUUUUUUAAUUAUAUGUAAUAUAAGAAUUAUCGUAUAAAAUUAUUCAAAUACCUUACAAUCUGGC